CAUUGUACGCGUGUGUGUGUCGUGUUGUUGCUUUGUGUUUGUGUGUGUGUUGUGUGAUGGAUCGGUGCGCAGUAGAUGAGUUGUAUGAGGCGUUCGCUGUGCUGGCUGGAAGUGACCCCGAUCACUGCUCUUAUCCGAAGGGUUACGUGAAGAGGCAAGCCGUGUUUGCGUGUAACACGUGCGUUCAGGCUGGCAUGGAGCCGGCCGGUGUGUGUCUGGCCUGUGCGAACACAUGUCAUGAUGGACACGACAUCUGUGAACUUUACACCAAAAGGAACUUUCGUUGUGAUUGUGGCAAUGAGAAAUUUCAUGGCUUCAAAUGCAAACUUAACACCGACAAAGAAGGACAAAAUGUGAAGAACGUGUACAAUCACAACUUCUUUGGACGCUACUGCUCGUGUGACAGACCGUAUCCUGAUGAAGACGACCAGGUGAAUGAAGAAAUGAUCCAGUGUGUCGUGUGUGAGGACUGGUUCCAUGAGAAACAUCUGGAGGCUCCGGCGGUGGACUGCGAUGCGCUGAUGGAGAUGAUCUGCGCUCGCUGUAUGAAUCGAGCGCCGUUCCUCUGGACGUACGCGGUUCACUUUGCAGUUUCUCCUCUGAAUAAACAAAGCCCUUGUAAAGAGCAAACGAAUGCUGAUAUGACAGAUGAGAAGGGAAAAUGUUUACAUACAAGUGGCCAAGAAACGUCCUCAGCGAGUUCCUACUGUCAGCAGGAAGAAACGACCGCUGGAGCCGCAGGGUCGUGCGUCCAGCCCUGAUCGGCACCAUGUCGUUUGGCUCAACAGCCCUCCAAAGUUCUCAAAUGCACUUUAAAUGAGCUCAAGGCCAAAGAUGCGGCGGGUACGAGGGCUGGCGCUGUGUUCUGGCCUUAUUUCUGGAGAGCAAAACUCUGCACAUGCACCGACUGCAAGAGAACGUAUGUAAAGACGGGUGUUCCUUUCCUGCUGGACGAGUCAGACACGCUGCUCGCAUACGAGGAGAAAGCCAAAGCCGAAGCGCUGACGAUCGAAGAGCUGCUGCUGUCCUGCCUCACCUCACUGAACCACGUGCAGCAGCUCGACAUCAUUUACCAGUACAAUGACUUGAAACAUGAGCUGCGUGAGUUUCUUCAGCAGUCUGCAAACCAGAGAAAGGACGUCACUCCUGAGGCUGUCCGUGAGUUUUUGGAGGAGCUGCAAACAAGAAAAAAGAGACGGCUGAACUGAGCCCAUCAACGCCAUCCAGAGCAGUGGUUCUCGACUCCAGUCCUCGGGGCCACUGCUCGGCACAUUUCUCUGAACCUGAAACUCGGUUCAGUUCAUGGAUCUCUCUCGUAAUGAGCUGAUGAUCUGAAUCAGGAGCGUUAAAUGAGAAAGACACACAAAAUGUGCAGAGCGAUGCGAAUCGCUGAUAUUGAGUAUUAUGAGACUAGAUGUUCUUUGACUGGAUCCACCUUAAUAAAGUCUCCUUGUAAUUGUUUCGUUA